AUGGAUGCCAGUGAAAGUUUUUCUGGAAGCAACUUAGUAGUACUCUGGCUCGAUGAUCAUAUCUGUCGUGACGACAAUUGUCAAUCUCUGAAAAGUGAAUUUCGCGAUAAUACCAAUAUUUUGCUGACGUUGGAUUCUGUCGAAAGUUGUCGCCGAUGUUUGCCGAAAUUGAAAAAUCGACAACUCUUUUGUAUUAUUCAAGGCAAAUAUGCUAAAGAAAUCGUUCCGGAUAUUGUUCGAAUCACACCGCCAUCCUUGACGCCGUUCGUCUACAUUUUCUGUUUAAACAUGGAAUAUCUAAUUGACUGGGCCUCGGAACAAGAAUGCGUGUUAAAAGGUGGUAUGUACCAUCAUGAGAAAGAUUUGUUGAAGAAAAUGACCACUGACAUUGCCGAAUAUAUACAAGAAAAACUGGCCGAAUAUCGUCUGAAAAAAGAUUUGUGCGAACAAUGGGCAGCGAAAUUGACUAAAAGGGUCGACCGGUAUCGGCAAGAAAAAUGUGCGGUUAAGUAUGUACGCGACCCAUUGGAUGGUGACAGCAUGGAAGAUGUCACAGAAGAGUCAUAG